AUGGCGCCGAAUCUUUUCAUCUGCCUUCGCGCUGUCUUCUGCCCGACGUACUGGUUCCAACGGGGCGAGCGCAUUCAGGGAUCUAUCUGUCACGAGGAACAUUGGGAAAGCCCUGUUCCUGGUAUCUACAAAUACAUCCCCGGUCUGGGAUGGCACCUCGUCCGCAAGGACGACAGUGAAUACGAGGAGAAAGUCCCUGUCCCACUUGUCUACUGCCGCAUCCUCCAUCGAUACAUCUUUGAACACGAAAUGGAAGACAGAUGUCGCUGGCAGUCGGUGACUCUGCACGAAGGCGCGAAGCCGGAAAAACUGCUCUUCUUCCUUCUUGACGAUGGCUACACCUGGGUCGCCGGAUGGGACGCCAAAGGAAAGUUCAUUCCUGGCCCGUAUCAAAAGUGGCGCUAUGACCAUGGCACCAAGACGAUGCAGCGCGUCCUGUCUCCAGAAAGCUCCCUCAACGUCUCUCGGUGCAGCAGCAUCGUCCCCACCAAGAUGGUCGCAGUACGAGUUGACCAUUAUCCCAACUUGCUGGGAGACAGCGCUGUCCCUGUCGCUGGUGCUGGUGCUGGUGCUAGCGGUGGACUUGUUCCUGUUAAACGGAUCCAUCCCGCACUCGGCGAUAAGCCAGCAAUUCACGAUGGAGUCGAAGAGCAUGGCGUAGACGGUGUUGUUGAGGUGGGCGUACAUGUCGUUGUCAAACCUGUCUUUCAUUAG